AUGGACCAGUUUGGCCUUGGGGACAAGGGUGCCCUUCCAUCAGAAACGCACCUUCCUUUGUUCUCAGAGAGCCAAGGUCUCAACUGCAAUGAUACCCUCAAUCGAGAUCUGGGUCCCAGCACGCGUGACCUGCUCUAUGCCAGCCUGGGUGGCUUGGACCUGGACCACACACUCUCGGGGCCUGAUGUACCCAGUGAGGUCCUGGAGGACAACUUAGAUACCCUGUCCCUGUACUCAGGGAGGGACAGCGAUGCCGGGAAGCUGCUGGAGGAAUAUACAGAUCUGGAGUCUCAGACUUCUACACAAGACCAGGGGCCGGGCGCAUUCAAGCUUCCCAGAGAGGCUGAGGAAGCCGGCAGAGCCACCUCGGGCAGCGCCAGGAAGGGGAAGCGGCAGCACAGCUCUCCCCAGAGCGCGCUCCUGGACUGUAGCCUCUGCGGGAAGGUGUUCAGCAGCGCCAGCUCGCUCAGCAAGCACUACCUGACGCACAGCCAGGAGCGGAAGCACAUCUGCAAGAUCUGCGGCAAGGCCUUCAAGCGGCAGGAUCACCUGACCGGGCACAUGCUUACACACCAGAAGACUAAGCCCUUUGUGUGCAUCGAGCAGGGCUGCAGCAAGAGCUACUGUGACUACCGCUCGCUGCGGCGGCACUACGAGGUGCAGCACGGCCUGUGCAUCCUGAAGGAGGCUCCUCCAGAAGAGGAUGCCUGUGGAGACUCCCCUCUUGCCCCUGACACAGCUGGCCAACCUCUGCCCAGUGGCCUGCGGUCCCUGGGGCCCCCAGAAGCCAGGUCCCCUGGCUCUAUCUUGCCUAACCGAGACCUCUUGCGCUGUAUCGUGAGCAGCCUUGUCCACCAGAAGAUCCCUUCUCCCGGCCCUGCCACAGUGGGGCCUGCAGAGGGUGAAGGGAGGAGCACGGCCUGUCCCUGCACCACCUCACCGGGGUCCUCCUCCUGUGUCCCAGGAUCCCUGGGCACUGAGGCUCCUGAAGAGCCUUGUGCCCCCCAGAAGGAGCCGGCUGCUGAUGCGUGCACAACUGCCCAUUCUGGGACAGCUGAGAAUGAUGGCCCUGACCCUCCAGAGUCAGAGCCCUUACUUCUCCAGCUCCCGUCCUCCCUGGAGGACUGGCCCGAGGGCAGCUCCCUGCCUGCCUCUCUGCCUCCUUUCCAGGGUCAGAAGGGCCCUGUCAGUGCGCAGCCAUCCAGCCACAGCUUCCAGUGGCUCCGCAACCUGUCUGGCUGCCCCAAAAGGAAAGGCAACAAUGUGUUCGCGGUCCACAAGCCCCCUGGGGAGGGUUCAGAGUCUGGCCCUGGGCCCAGCAGCACCUCGGCUCCAGGGGAGCCCUUGCCCAGCACAGGUGGCAGUCAGGACGCACCGCCCUUCCUGCCCACAUUCCUGAAGGCACCCAGUGAGGCCUUGGGCGACACCAGGCCUGACAGUGGGGAUGAGGACAGCUGGGCUUCCAAGAAAAGUGAGUCCUUCCCAACAGAUGCCACGCCCCUCCUCUGCCAGCUGUUCCUGAAGUCCCAGGAGUCUCUGGUGAGCCAUGAGCAGAUGCAGGUGCUCCAGAUGAUCACCAAGUCCCAGCGGAUCUUCUCCCAUGCCCAGGUCACAGCCACCUCCUCACAGCCCUCUGGGCCUGAGGGCAAGCAGACUGCAUUGAAGUCCCUGCAGGGGCCCUGGCCACAGCAGGCUCGGUCCCUGGCAUCUUCUGUGGACUCUCUGCUGGUGGGCCCUAGAAACACAGAACCAGAGGGAUCUCCAGCCCGCAGGAGAAAACCCACAUCCACGGUACCCAGAGAGGCCUCCCCCAACGGCACACAGCGAAGCACAAAGGGAACACCAAAAGUGUCCUCUGCGCCACUCUCCCUCACCACACCAUCUCCAGACCCCUCCCAGAGCCCAGACAUCUCUUCUCUGGCCAAGCAGCUGCGAUCUUCCAAAGGGACCUUGGACCUAGGGAACAUCUUUCCCCCCAGGGGCUCAAGGCAGCCCCAGGCAGGUGAUGAGCUGCCCGGCACCCAGCUGUCUGAGAAUGGUGCAGCCUCAACAGCCUCGAGAAGCGAGAAGGGCCUGGCGUGUGUCCGGGGCGGAGGUUAUAGGCUGUUCUCGGGCCACCCCAGAUCCCAGCGGUUCUCGGGCUUCCGGAAGGAGAAAGUGAAGGUGGAUGUGUGCUGUGCAGCUUCUCCCAGCCAAGUGGCCAUGGCUUCCUUCUCGUCGACUGGGCCUCCUGCAGAUCCUGCCCGGGAAGUGAAGUCCAAGCUGACCAUAUUCAACAGGAUCCAGGGUGGAAACAUCUAUAGGCUUCCCCAUCCCAUGAAGGAGGAGAGUGUGGCAGGUGCAUGUAACCCACAAAAUGGGAGCCCCACAGACUGGACAGAACCCAGGAGCACUUUUAUCUGCAAGAACUGCAGCCAGAUGUUUUAUACUGAAAAAGGCCUGAGCAGCCACAUGUGUUUCCACAGCGACCAGUGGCCAUCACCUCGGAAUCAGGAGCAGCAGGUGUUGGCCACAGAGUCUUGCAAGCCACCAAGAGAGGCUCUGAGGCUAGACAGGGAUGGGCAGAGUUCCCCAGAAGCCAAGAAACCCUUGGAGCACACAGCCACGGCUCCUCUGGGGAUACCCGUGUCCAUGUCCGUGACCCCUAUGGUUCUGAAUCCUUUUCUUCUCCAGGGACAAGAGAAGGAUGAGGAAGAAAGAGAUGACAAGGAUAGCAGCCAACACAGGAAGCGGAAGAAGUGCCCUCAGCCUAGGGCCCUGUUCAUCCCUCCUCUACCCUCUGCAUUUGGAGACCCUGGUCCCGGCAGGGGCCACGAGAGCUGCCUGCGCUCUCCCUUGCCGCUGGUGGACCACCUCCUGAAGGGCUUGUUCCAGUGCUCCCCGUACACACCGCCUCCCAUGCUCAGCCCCAUCCGAGAGGGCUCUGGGCUCUAUUUCAACACGCUGUGCUCCAAGUCCCAGGCUGGGCCCCACCAGCUUGUCGGCUCCAUGCUAGAUCAAGUGGAUGGCUCUUUUACCAUUUGUGUGGUGAAGGAUGAUUCUAAAAUCAGCAUUGAACCACACAUCAACAUAGGAAGCCGCUUUCAGGCUGAGAUCCCAGAGCUGCAGGAAAGGUCUCUGGCCAGAACUGAUGAGCACGUGGCCUCUCUAGUUUGGAAGCCGUGGGGUGAUGUGAUGACCAACACGGAGACGCAGGACAGAGUGACAGAGUUGUGCAACGUGGCGUGUUCCAGCGUGAUGCCGGGAGGGGGCACCAACCUGGAGCUUGCCCUGCACUGCCUACAUGAAGCCCAGGGCAGCGUUCAGGUGGCCCUGGAGAUGCUCUUACUCAGAGGAGCCCAGAAGCCGAGGACCCACCCACUGGCUGACUAUCGAUACACAGGUUCAGACAUCUGGACCCCCAUGGAGAAGAGGCUCUUUAAGAAGGCAUUCUGUGCCCACAAGAAGGACUUCUACCUGAUACACAAGACGAUUCAGACAAAAACAGUGGCACAAUGUGUUGAGUACUAUUACAUCUGGAAAAAAAUGAUCAAGUUUGACUGUGGCCGAGCUCCAGGGCUAGAAAAGAGGGUCAAGAGAGACCUGGAUGAAGUAGAAAGGACAGAAGAAAAGGUCACCUGUAGCCCUCAGGACAGACCCAGCCACAGCCCAACACCUGAGUUAAAGAUAAAGACCAAGAGUUACAGGAGGGAGUCCAUCCUUAACUCCAGCCCAAGUGCAGGUCCCAAGCGGACCCCUGAGGCACCAGGGAGUGUGGAAAGUCAAGGCGUUUUUCCAUGCAGAGAGUGUGAGAGGGUAUUUGACAAGAUCAAGAGUCGGAAUGCCCACAUGAAGCGACACCGCCUGCAGGAGCACACAGAGCCUGUCCUCAGGGUGAAGUGGCCAGCAAAGCCCUUCCCACUGAAGGAGGAAGAGGAAGAGGAGGAGGAGGAGGAGGAACUGGGCACUGACAUCAGCCCCCUGCAGUGGUGA